UCAUCAUCCUAGUGGUUCUUAACGAUGGAGUUAUUGAGAACUCGACUUCGCGUGAACACCCUGGCGCAAAGUAGGCCCCACCGCAGGGCCUUCCGGACAGCUAGAAGCACGCAUCCCGUGGAUGAUGGUCCAGAGCGUGGGCCGUGUUCCCUUCCCUCUCUUUCUCUCUCUCCGCCGUUCUUAAUUGCACUGCCAUUUUCUUCCGCAUUGCCCUCUUUCUCUGCCUCCACCGUCCCACAUCCGGAGAUUGCUCUGUGACUGUACUGAGAGCUUUCAAUGGAAGGAGCAACUAUUCUCGCGCUUUUCCUCGCAGUCGUAUCCGUUGUACUUGUCAGACCCUCUGAGUCCAGACUCAGCCUCGACUACUACCAACAUUCCUGCCCCGAGUUCAGCAAAAUCAUUCAGGACACUAUUACUAACAAGCAGAUCACCAGCCCCACCGCCGCCGGCGCCACACUCCGCCUCUUCCUCCAUGACUGCCUCGCCAACGGCUGCGAUGGCUCUGUCCUCAUCUCAUCCACUUUCUUCAACAAAGCAGAGCGCGACGCCGACAUCAACCUCUCCCUCCCCGGCGACGGCUUCGAUGCCAUAGUUCGCGCCAAGACUGCUCUAGAGCUCGCCUGCCCCAACACCGUCUCCUGUGCCGACAUCCUCGCCGUCGCCACUCGCGACCUCGUCACCAUGGUCGGCGGUCCCCACUACAAUGUCUUCCUAGGUCGGAGGGACAGUCGCGUCUCCAAGGCCUCUGCUAUCGAAGGCCAUCUUCCAAAACCGACAAUGACGAUGUCGCAAAUCAUCGAGAUCUUCGCCGCUAAAGGGUUUUCCGUCAGAGAAAUGGUAGCUCUGAGCGGGGCUCACACUAUUGGGUUCUCGCAUUGCUCUCAGAUUAGCAACGACAUCUACAAUAACAGCAAGUUCUCGCAAUACGAUCCUCAAUACAAUCCUCGAUUCGCUGCGGGGUUGCAGAGAGCGUGUGGCGAUUACAAGAAGAAUCCUACAUUGUCGGUGUUCAACGACAUCAUGACCCCCAACAAGUUCGAUAACAUGUACUUCCAGAACCUGCCGAAGGGCUUAGGGGUUUUGAAAUCGGAUCGCGGGUUGUUCAGCGACCCGAGAACGAGACCGUUUGUGGAAGAAUUCGCAGCGGACGAGAACAAGUUCUUUCAGGCAUUUGCCCAGGCAAUGCAGAAGCUGGGUCUAGUUGGAGUACAGACCGGAAGAAAAGGAGAGAUCAGGCGCAGGUGUGACCAGAUAAAUUAAAUUGAUUUGAUUCAAAGUUAAUUCUUGAUUUGGUGAUUUGCGAGAAUCAGGUGGAAAUACUGAUUCGUCUCGGUGUAUGAUUGAAGGGAGAAUAUAUGGUAUUUUAAGCGGAACCAUGCAUACGUGGGUUGCUUUUGUGUAAGCUCUCAUAUAACCGAUGAGCUUAUGGCCUCUCUGUCGUUUUUGUUCACGUCAAGAACAGAUGAGUUAUGGAAUUCAAUAAUGCCCUUGAUUUUUUCUUGUUUUCUUUUUUUUUUUUGCGUGUUAUUUGUAAGCUGGCGUUUUUGUUGAUUUUAUAGUUUAUUUAUAAAGAUGAUUAGUGUUGAUUUGUGUGGGAAGAGCGCAUUUUUUGGGCUUUUGAAAUAGGAUUAAUGGAUUUACUUUAGAGUGGUAAAAGACUAAAAGUGCAUGUAAUCAAGUUGGGGCUGUAUAUGCGUGAGAAAAAGAGGCCUACGAAGGACAA